AUGGCUUCCAGGUAUCAUACACUCCACAUCAUUUACGGUGAAUACGGUACGGCAGCGGCUGUCAGCAGGGCAGCUAAUGCUGAUGAUAUCCCGUUGGGUAACGAUCGCAGCAUUAAUGCCGUGCACACAGUUCCAACUGACUGGUUACGCAACGAGCUAUUGCCUAACGAGCGCGACCAGGUUCGUGGGCAUAUUGCAUCUCUACUGAGCAAUGAGCGCCGCUAUGUUCCCGGUUUCGCCGAGGUUCUACAGGGUACUAUGGAGAAUCUGAACACGGCCAGGGUGAGGAGUACGGCUGUUCGUGGCAUUCCUACUCGUCAAUCUGGAGGUGACACAAUCGAUCGUCUGGCGGUCGACUUCGACACUUUGACCAUAGGACAAGCGCAUGGCACCAACUCACCGUCACUUUAUGUUCAGUUUGCAGAGGGAGUUCAAACAGAUCGUGUUUCACGAGACCCCACAACUCCUGGUCCCUGUAGUCCACAGCCGUCCUCGCCGACUCCUCGAAGUAUUAUGCGCUCGCCCGGACAUACUUGUGCGAACUCAGCCAAAACGAUGUUCAGUCAUGGAACAUUGCCUCUACGCGGUGCUCGAGUGUCCUCGCCCACCGACGACUCCACUGAGGAACUUGCUGCACUGGAUGACCAACUACACGAGAUCUACGCGACUCUCAACAACCAGCCUCGCAUCGAAGACCAUGGGCUGUUAGAGCAGCGGUUUGAUAGCCUUGCGCAAGCUCGCUCCAUGGUUCGUCGCCUUAGAGGACUACGUCAUCUCAAUCAAGUGGACAUUGACACGGCUCGCGCUGCUGUACAAUCAGUGAUGACGAGUACUCGACGACAUGGCACCGCUACUGUCACGAGCGCCGAUAGAAGAUGA